CUGUCGGACGACUACGGGCUGGGCGAGGUGUGCGCCGGGCCGCUCGCCACGCGCCGCCUGCCGGGCACGCACCGCUCCAUACUGGCGGGGGCCGCCGCCAAGGACAUCGCCGACCACCUGUCCCGGACGCUGGCCCAGUGUCGGGUCGCUCAACGGACACGUUGCGACAUCGCACGUUCUUUCCGAACACCUUCGGGUCUCCACGAAAUGUACAUAUGGUUAUUGGGUAUGAGGUUGGUGUUUGUAUAUACAUAUAAAUACGUGUGUAACUCUGUCCUCGGACCAGCUAGCGAUUGUCUGACCGCGGUGUCGAGUGUCCCGAGCAUUCUUCGCUGGUGUCGCAGUACGUGUCGCCUCGGCUGUGGAACAUCAACUAUGGUCUCAUUGCCGAUGUCGACCGACCGCAUCGCUUCGUUCAUUAAGUCUCUACAGGAUGGUCGUUCAGGAGGAUCUCGGGCGUGCUCGCCUCCUAUCCAUAGCGGUCGGUUCUGUUCUGAGUAUCUUUUGGAAGUUCCGAUUUGUUUCGGAGCUCGUGUCCACUCCAGGCCGGCUCACGAGCAUGUCGCGGCGUGCGCCGUCACACGGGGACGAGCGGCGGCCGGCGAGCGGUGUUCAGGCAAACGAGUAAUCGAAACCAUCUUCUUCUUCACGCUCGUAUAA